GUAAUAAUCUAUGGGGAUUUGCCAAAAAAUAAAGAAAAUGUAAUAUAUUUAUCAAAUCAUCAAUGUACAGUUGAUUGGAUUAUUGCAGACAUGCUGGCAAUUAGGCAGAAUGCUCUCGGGCAUGUCCGGUAUGUCUUGAAAGAUGGGUUGAAGUGGCUUCCGCUAUACGGGUGGUAUUUCUCACAGCAUGGAGGAGUCUAUGUAAAAAGAAGUGCCAAAUUCAAUGAAAAAGAAAUGAGAGAGAAGUUGCGGGCCCAGAUGAAAGCCCAGACUCUGAUGUAUUUGGUGAUUUUUCCAGAGGGGACUCGUUACAAUCCAGAAAUACCAAAAGUCAUUGCAGAUAGUCAAUCAUUUGCUGAAAAGGAAGGACUUGCUAUACUAAAGCAUGUGCUAACACCACGCGUGAAAGCAACUCAUGUAGCCAUUGACACAAUGAAAGACUAUCUGGAUGCAGUGUAUGAUGUGACUGUAGCCUAUGAAGGUACUGUGGACCACAAAGGGCAAAGAAAACUGGCACCAUCUAUGACAGAGUUUCUCUGCAAGGAGUGCCCAAGAGUUCAUAUUUUUAUUGAUCGAAUUGAACUGAAGGACAUUCCAGAAGAGCAGAUGUAUAUGAGAAGGUGGCUUCAUGAACGUUUUGAAAUAAAGGAUAAGUUACUAAUAGAGUUUUAUGAUGCGAAGGAUUCUAAAAGAAGAAAUAAGUUUCCUGGGAAAAGUGUUCAUUCCAAACUAAGCCUCAAGAAAACUUUGCCAUCCUUGCUGUUCUUAGGUGGCCUGACUGCUAGUAUGCUUCUGACAGAAUCUGGAAGGAAACUUUAUGUAAAAACAUGGAUAUAUGGGACUUUAAUUGGCUGCCUGUGGGUUAGCAUUAAACCAUAAGCAGAUGUUAGUCUCUAGUGAAAUGUGCAGUCUUUUCUUGCACAUUGCACCAAACUUUUUCCUGACUUUAUAGUAAAGAAGUGUAAAUAAAGCCUUAUUGACCGAA